UAUAGUACAUGGUGUGAUUCGGUCGAAAGUAUCCAAAAUGGCGAAGCACCGACGUGGCUCCGAUUUUGCGAGUGUUUUCAUCUGCAUUUGUUUGUUAUUUACAUCAGCGAUCGUUGAAAUAAAUGGUGCAGAUGACGCCAAAAAUAAUGAUAAUGAAAUCCUACGGCGGGUUAAGCGAAUACCCCCACCGCUGGAUCAGUUAAAUGGCCAACAUGAGAAGAAUGACAAUGCUUUGAAUCCUCCUGGUCCUGGAAAUUUUGCUGCCAAGCCUCUUCCUCCUCAUCAGCCCCGGGCACCUGUCCAAGACGGCGGUGUUCAAGCAAAUCGAAUUCAGAGCCCUAAUAACCCGCCGCAAAUACGAGAGCCACAACACCCACAAGUUCAGCAUGCAGAUUUGAGGGAGAACAUUCAAAAACCACGAAGGCCGUCUCUGAAGAAACCGAUGCCAGUGAAAAUUGCAGACCAUCCGGCUUGCAAAGAAACUGUCAAAGCCCAGUGCAGUAAGACGUCUGCUUCAAACAACUUUGCUGUCUUGGAUUGUUUGCAAAAUAGUCCAAAGACUGAAGGUGAUAUUCCCAAGCUUUGCCAGAAUUUUAUUUGGCGGUAUAAACGUAACCUGACAACUGAUAUACGAUUUGACAGCGCUGCCUCUGAAGUCUGCCGUGACGUAUUAAAUGAGAUUCCAGAAUGUGCCACCCUCCCCAAAGGCACCGGCCAGAUCAUCUCAUGUUUGAUCGAACACAAAGAGAAUAUGUCCAUCCCCAACUGUAAACAGUUCCUCAACAAGAUGGCCAGUAUUGUGUUUGCUGAUUAUCGUCUCGUCAACAAGUUUGCCGAGGCUUGCGAGAAAGAUAUCGUCAAAUUGUCAUGUGGGAGAGUGCUCGAUGAUAAGGAUGAUUCCCCCCACAGCCAAGGCAAGACAAUCCAGUGCCUCUCAGAAAACAUCGGCACCCUUGACAAGAAGUGCAAGGUUCAGAUCCUCCGUGUUGCAGAGAUGCAAGCUGAUGACUUCCAUUUGGACAGACCACUUUUCUAUGCCUGUCGUGAUGACCGGGAAAGGUUCUGUGCUCGUACGAAGGCUGGCAGUGGCAAGGUCUACAAAUGUCUCCUCAGGCAUAAGUUCGAAAUGGACAUGAGCUCUGGUUGUCGUGAGAAGCUGACUAUCCGUCAGAAACUAAUGCAAGAGGACUACAAAGUCGACCGUUCGUUUAUGGAUGCGUGUCGUCAUGACGUCAUUCAUUACAAGUGCAAGGAGAAGACUGAUGGCAUGCCUCGGCCACAGAAGAUGGCGAAAGUUUUGCUCUGUCUUGAGGCCAAACAGAAGAUGACUGGUCAGAUCCGGGUUGAAUGUGUCACCGAGAUGAGAGAUUACCGCAAAAUGUUGAUGGAGGAUUAUAAGAUCAGUCCCGGGAUCGUGUCGUAUUGUCACCAGGAGAUCACCGAGAACUGCAAUGGCGGCAUCGAGCGGGAAGGGAAGACACUGCAUUGCCUGAUGGACCUUGCUCGACCGCAGCACAAAGGAAAUCGCAAGUUUAGUCCUCAGCUUUCGGAUGAUUGUCAGAGAGAGCUGAAGAACUUAUUGACAGAAGCAGAUGCGGGUGAGGACUAUAGGAUUGACCGAGCUCUCCAGGAGGCUUGCCAGCCCGUGGUUGAUACAGCUUGCAAGGAUGUCCCCCCAGGAGACGCCAGGGUUUUGAACUGUCUAAUGGAUAAGAUUGGCACAGCAAAGAUGACAGAUGACUGUGAAGAACGUCUGCUUGAGAUUCAAUACUUUAUUGCUAGGGAUUGGAAGUUAGACUUGAGACUCUACAAAGGCUGUCGUAAUGAUGCCACCAGGCUGUGUCACGCUCACAAAGAAUGGCACGACGAGACCAUCGCCCCAGACAUGGGUCCUCUCACCUUUAGCUGUUUGUACCGCCAUUUUAAGUUGUCAUCAGGAGACGUUUCACUGAGGCUUGAGAGAGCAUGUGGCCUUGAGAUUCAGCGCGUCAUGAGACAGAGAGCCAUCAGCGUCGACCUGGAACCGAGGGUGGAGGAGCCUUGCCUACAUAAUCUGGCUGAAUUCUGCUCUGACGACACUGCGAAAGGAAAGGAAAUUGAAUGUCUUCAAGAUCACCUUCAGGAUCUGGAUAAACAAUGUUUAUACGCGAUCGGUAACUUUACCCAAGAUGAAGACGAGGAUCCUCAACUGGACAGGAUUCUCAUCAAGGCCUGUACGCCAAUGAUCAAGGAGUUCUGUGAGGAGGUGAUUAACCAGAACACGGAGCCAGGCGAUGUGAUGGAGUGUCUUAUCAAAUACAAACACCAUCCCAAGAUGAAUAGCAAGUGUUCUGCGGGAAUCGAACACCACCAGCUGUUGACUCUCAAAGACUACAGGUUCUCCUUCAAGUUCAAAGAAGCCUGCAAGAAAGACGUGCUCAAGAAUUGUAAGGGAAUCAAAAAGAAGGCUGACGUGAUCAGUUGCCUUAGCGAGAACGUGAGGAACGACACACUCCUUGAAGAAGAGCAUCGCAUCGCCAAGGACUGUAGGAGGCAGCUCAAGUUUGAACUCCUACAGAGGUCGGAAAGUAUUGAUUUAGACCCCAAGUUGAAGGAAGCGUGUGGUGGCGACGUCAAACUUUACUGCAAUAAUUUAACGCCAGGGCAGGCUCAGGUUAUCGAGUGCUUGAAGAGCCAUCAGAAUAAGUUGACAAAGAAAUGCCACAAGAAGCUCUUCAAGAGAGAGCGAUUGGAGGCCGAGGACAGCUCUAUAGACUUCGCCUUGAUAUCGAAUUGUAAGGGGAUGAUCAAGCAAUUCUGUAAAGACACCGAUCCAAAGGACAUGUUCACCUGCCUCAAGCGAUACAAAAACAAUGAGAACUUUGAUACGAAAUGUCGGAAAAUGGUGUUAAAGAGAAUGAUGAUUCAGAGUAAAGAUUACCGAUUAAAUCCCACACUCCAGAAGGCCUGUAAACUAGACAUACCAAAGUUCUGUUCAGCUAUUAUAACUGCAGAGAAAAAUGAUGAGGAACUGGAAGGAAAAGUUGUCAACUGUCUGAAAGAGAAGUUUAGAAUUAAUAGACUUUCACGUGAUUGUGAAGAUAACAUACGUUCAGUUAUGAAAGAGGCAGCUCUCGAUUAUCGUCAGGAUCCCCUUCUAGCUCGAGCCUGUCAAUCAGAGAUCACCAAGUUCUGCGGACACGUUUUGAGUCGGAACUCUCCCGAUGACACCAAGGGAAAAGUGGAAGAAUGCCUAAAAUUACAAUUCAAAAAAGAAAAAAUACAAGAUAAGAAUUGCCAAAAGGAGAUAUUGCGACUCCUUACCGAAGGCAAAUCUGAUGUCCAUGUUGAUCCUUUACUCAAUCAAGCCUGUGCAUUAGAUUUAAAACAUUAUUGUUUUAAUGUGCCGCCAGGGGAAGGAAGACAAAUGUCAUGUCUUUUAGCAGCUCUGGAGGAUAAGACGAUACGCCUUGAUCCAGGAUGUAAUCAGAUGUUACGUGAUCGCGUAGAAAUGUGGGAAUAUGCUGCUAAGGUGGCGCCACCCGAGACUGUGCAAGAACUCGUUGCACAAAUAACAACAUCACCUGCCAAAAACUAUUUCAUAGGCAUAAUAUUUGCUGUUAUUGGGACAAUAUUUAUUGGUGGAUUAUUCUGUGGUAGGGUUACGAAGCGAGUCCGAGCGGAGAUGAAAAAUAAGUGAUCAAAGUUGAGACAUAGGUUUUAUAAAUUUUAAGAAAAGUUGGGAUAACAGUUUUUGGGCAGGUUUGCUCUAUACACUGCUUGGGGGCAUUGGUAGAAUGAAGAAGUUUUAAAAAAAGAUAUCUCUCAAUAUCUUCUAAACUCAGCCUAUUCCCUUGUCAUUGGUUUUUGGGUGAAUUUGAAUUUUUGGGGUAAGCUUUGCAUUCCAGCUUAGGUGAAAGAAUUCACCAACAGUCCUCAAAGUUUGAUAGUGGUUUUGGAAGCAGUGACUUAGGAAUCUGUGGUCCACUUGGCUCGCACUUCAGCCGAAAAAGUCUCUCUUGUGGCUCUUGUGGAGUUAAUGCUAGGUGACUUACUUGUGCAAUGAGUAUAUAUCUAAUGUACAGUGGACACUGGUUAGGUUAACUUAGAAUUUAGAAAUCAAAGCCAGUGUUUCGUCAGUAUGUGUCCCAGCCUUGGAGCACCCAGCUGUAUGGGAAUUCCGGCCUUGAACUCGAGGCCUCCGGCUAUGGUUCUCCAUUACUAAAAAAACAAAAUACAACUUGGUAAUUUUUAAGAGUAGUGUUAAAUCGGGUGUUUCGGUCAAUCUGAUAAGAAUGAAACGCCCUUUGUUAGAAGCCUUCGAGCUGGCCCACCCUCACAUGGUCAUGUUGGGUAGGGAAAUGACUGAGGCAGUCUUAUAGACAAGCCUGGGAGCUGCCCCACUCUGAUGUGAUUGUGUCAGGAACGGACAUCACUGAGGCAGUCUUAUAGACAAGCCUGGGAGCUGCCCCACUCUGAUGUGAUUGUGUCAGGAAGGGACAUCACUGAGGCAGUCUUAUAGACAAGCCUGGGAGCUGCCCCACUCUGAUGUGAUUGUCAGGAAGGGACAUCACGGAGGCAGUCUUAUAGACAAGCCUGGGAGCUGCCCCACUCUGAUGUGAUUGUGUCAGGAAGGGACAUCACUGAGGCAGUCUUAUAGACAAGCCUGGGAGCUGGCCUACUCUGAUGUGAUCGUGUCAGGAAGGGACAUCACUGAGGCAGUCUUAUAGACAAGCCUGGGAGCUGCCCCACUCUGAUGUGAUUGUCAGGAAGGGACAUCACUGAGGCAGUCUUGUAGACAAGCCUGGGAGCUGCCCCACUCUGAUGUGAUUGUGUCAGGAAGGGCCAUCACUGAGGCAGUCUUAUAGACAAGCCUGGGAGCUGCCCAACUCUAAUGUGAUCAGGUCAGGAAGGGACAUCACUGAGGCAGUCUUACAGACAAGCCUGGGAGCUGGCCCACUCUGAUGUGAUUAUCAGGAAGGGACAUCACUGAGGCAGUCUUAUAGACAAGCCUGGGAGCUGCCCCACUCUGAUGUGAUUGUGUCAGGAAGGGACAUCACGGAGGCAGUCUUAUAGACAAGCCUGGGAGCUGCCCCACUCUGAUGUGAUUGUGUCAGGAAGGGACAUCACUGAGGCAGUCUUAUAGACAAGCCUGGGAGCUGCCCCACUCUGAUGUGAUUGUGUCAGGAAGGGACAUCACGGAGGCAGUCUUAUAGACAAGCCUGGGAGCUGGCCCACUCUGAUGUGAUUGUGUCAGGAAGGGACAUCACUGAGGCAGUCUUAUAGACAAGCCUGGGAGCUGGCCCACUCUGAUGUGAUUGUGUCAGGAAGGGACAUCACUGAGGCAGUCUUAUAGACAAGCCUGGGAGCUGGCCCACUCUGAUGUGAUUGUGUCAGGAAGGGACAUCACUGAGGCAGUCUUAUAGACAAGCCUGGGAGCUGGCCCACUCUGAUGUGAUUGUGUCAGGAAGGGACAUCACUGAGGCAGUCUUAUAGACAAGCCUGGGAGCUGGCCCACUCUGAUGCGAUUGUGUCAGGAAGGGACAUCACUGAGGCAGUCUUAUAGACAAGCCUGGGAGCUGCCCCACUCUGUUUAACCUUAUGUGAAACAGCAUGAGUUCAGAUCUGUGUUGAUCUAAGAGGUGUUUCCUAUCUUCUCGCCACAUAAGGAUACGGGGAAGAUAAAAUUUUUGAAAACUGUAAAUAGGUACAUAGUUAAAUGUACUGUAUCAGUUGCAUGUCAAUCUUCAGUUAAUGUGUUGUUAGGACCAGCCAAUGUGUGGUUGACUCUUCUGUGUAUCUGAGGAGUAUUGGCACCAAGGAAGUCCUAGCACUCCCAGGCAAACACAAGCACAGAUGCUACAUUUGACCUUGUUUCUCCAAAAUUGAUGAGACAUUUCCUUGUUUUUUUCAUAAUAUUUCUUUUAAAGCUGAAAAACUAAAUUUCUUCAAAUUUGAUAUAACUUUGCUAGUUUUUCCUGUUCGAAAGAAGAUAACAAAAUUCAAGUUUCCUGAAAACAUCUAGUUCUGGAUGAACAUGCUGAACAGACUUGAUGUAUUGAGCGGGAAUGGAUAUGAUGGCUCCCUGGGGCUGGAUUAGCUUCCCAUACCAAGCCAUCAUCUGCUCGCCAUACAUUUGCCUGUGUAAAUCAAUCACAUCAAGACUUGGGACUAGACUUUAUUCAUUCUUGAUCACAUGUAUGUAUGAUAACCAUAUUCUGCACAUUGCCACUAUUCCAGUUGACACGAAUGCAACAGUUGGCUCUAUGAUGAAAACUAAUUUUUUUAUUUUGAGAGUGAUUUGAGCCCAGCCAUGUUUUAUAUUAAUGAACCAGAGGUAAUUCUGAGACUAACAUGUAUAAAGUAGAAUUGACUGUUGUAGUUAGUUGUCUUAAUGAAAUUGAACUUAUUGGGUGUCCUAGUCUGACACUAUCGACAGAAUCACCAGUCUGUAAAAUGAUUAUUCUCCAUCCUGCUCCCAGCACCUACUCUACGCAUUCAAAAUGCUCGAUCCUGUGACAAGUGAGUGUGAGUUAAUAACUGUAUAACAGCAAUAUGAUUUCUACAUUCCUAAACGGGAACGGCAUACGCCUUUAUGGUAUCGAGUGUCAAACCAUCAACAGUGCCGUGUAUAUACCGGUACUUCAUCUUAUAAUCUGUGGCCAAAACAUAAUCAAGGUGGUGGGUAUCGACUUCUAUGUGCCAAUCCAUUGUGCUCUUAUAACCUCAACGCCCUCAUUUCAAGCUGAUUGCUGCAAACCAUCGGGUUCCAUUCUGAUGUGUCAUUUUCCUCCAGUUUCUGUACAGGAAUCAAUAUGCAGUAAGAAGACUUAGUGCUGAUCAAUUCUAAAGACUUUUGGUUAGAGUUGAGAUGUUCCAAAUUCUUAAAAACUGAUAAAAUACCUUUGCACAUCGUUUCUGCACCUGUGAAUAUUUGCAUCACUUGUUCCAGUGUGUUGUGUGGCUUUUCAGGAUUGUGUGAAUCAUUAUAUCUAGUGCCAUCAAGUUAUAUUUAAUGUAUUCAGGGGAUCAGUUGUAAAUGUCUUCAGUUCUUGACCAUCGGCUUCAGUGUUGCCUUAGUUUAGUAGCAGAGGUGGUGUUUCUAGAAAUUCAGAUUACUUCAUGCAUUUCCCCCGAUUCUUUUCUCAUAAGUAAGCCCUCAAAGGGUUAAAUGGAUGUGUUAGUGAAUCUUGUGGACUUUUACAUGAAAAUAUCUUGUAUUUUCUCAGUUCUUGUUUGUCAGGGGUUGUUUUAGAUGCCCGACCCUGUCCCGCUCACUCGCAAGUCUGAGCCAGAUGUGACAAUUUUCAGUCGUUUGACAAUUUAUUGAAUAUAUGCACAUUUUAUUUAUAAUCAUAGGACUGGUAUCUGAUUUGUCUAUUAUUUUUUACAAUUGUCAUGUACCCCCAUGGCAGGUAGUAGUUCUUUGUUGAAUGACAUGAUGUCCUGACAGCGUUUUCACCGGGAUUUGUUUUGGAUAAUAAAAAUAUUCCUUUUUUUUAUUGAUUGAAAAUGCAGAAGGUAAGUGUUACGACUAAAGCCCAGGUACAAAUGCCCUUAGAGUGCAGAAAGCUGCUGGCAAUACUUAAACAUCAUCUGGUAAACUGUCUAAA